AUGGAUAUCAAGGAUGUCUCCGGAAUCGAGGAAUUUUCGGCGUUCUUCCAGCAACUUCAGGUCACCGCUGAGAAGGCCAGAGGCAGGAAGGGGCAGAUUCCUCAUGACCAUCCACUGCCCAGCAUGCUCGUUAGUCAGUUCAAUAUGGAGCUGAUACAGGCUAUAGCGAUGUCGACCAUAGACAACGGAAGAGUCAACAUCAAGACUUCGCAGGUGCCCCCAGCCUACAUUCCGUGCUCCCGGCCCGCGAACGAGCUCGAACCCUUGUCCAUCUCCAAGAUGCGGCAACGCCCCGAGAAAGCGCUGCUCGAUGCCAUCAGUUCCCGCAGCAACGGCAUCCCGACUGAGAAGGGGCUAUUUCGGGAAGCCAAGGCUUACUACGCACUGCAACAGUUUGACCGCUGCGCCAAGAAGCUGCAGCAGGUUCUCGUCUUGAACCCCGACAACAAGGACGCAGAGACGGACCUUGAGCGGACCGGACGCCGGAUCUUUGAGCAGGUGACUGGGGACUUCAAAUGGAAGCACAUGCACAAGCAGUCCGAAGCGACUCCCCCGAUGAUCGACUGCGCGACUUACUCCAGCCCUGUCGAGGUUCGUGCCUCCCCGGGCCGCGGAAGAGGGCUCUUCACGGCGAAGGCCGUCAAGACCGGGGAGCUGCUUCUCUGCGAGAAGGCCUUCUCGUACGUCUAUGCCGACCAAAACGACCCCUCCAGCCGCAAGAACGUCAAGAUCCUGAUGAACUUGGACUCCAAGAAGAUGACAAUGGGUGGGCAGGCAACUCUCAUCUCCACCAUUGUCCAGAAGCUGCACCACAACCCUGAGGCCGCUUCACACUUCAUGAGCUUGCACCACGGAGACUACAACGGAGUCAAGACCGCUCAAAGAGGGCAGCUGGUGGUUGAUACGUUCCUCGUCGAGCGUAUUAUCAAUCUCAACUGCUUCGGUGCUCCAAGAUCGACCCUCGAGUCCAUGAAGAACAAGGCGAAUCAAGUCCAGGAGGACAACAGUUACACCACCUGCGGCAUUUGGACCACAGCGUCCUUCAUCAACCACUCCUGCGUCGGCAAUUGUUACCGCUCCUUUAUUGGCGACAUGAUGAUCGUGCGAGCCUGCAGAGACCUUGAUGCCGGCACUGAGCUGCUGUUCAGCUACGAAUUGCCCAAGGAGGGAGCAGACUACCAGGCCACCCAGAAUGAUCUGAAGCAUUGGGGGUUUGUAUGUCGCUGUGAGUUGUGUGAGGAAAAGAAGGAGACCUCGCAGCCGAUGUUCCAGAAGCGCCAGCGACUUGUGCGGGACUUGAAGAACUCGAUGAGAGCCUGCAGAGCUCCAGCCCAGGAGGCGAAGGUGCUCCGACUCCUGUCGCAAGUGGAGGACACCUACCCCGGUGGCAAGGGAACGCUGCGUCUGGAUAUCUGGGAGGUUUACCUAGCACUGGGCCAGAAGCGUGCUGACAGAGGGAAGCUAGCUGAAGGCCUCGAGUUGAUGAUCAAGGGCCUUGAGGCGCUCGGCUUUGAGGUCGUGGCCUUCCCUCCCGGAAAGCCGUCCGGCAAGCCGACGCUGGAGAUCAAGAAAUGGGGCCAGGUCAACGACUACCUUGUCUCGGCCUUCCUCGCGAUGUUCCACGCUUACAAGGUGCUUGCGCCCGAGUUGUGCGAGGUUGCCAAGGGCUAUGCCGAGACUGUGUAUGUCAUUACUCAUGGGGAGAAGGACACGAUUGGCACUUUGUUCGAGGAGUUCAAGUAA